AUGUCUUCCAGCAACACUGACAACGGUCAGGCUCCCAGUCAGCAGGCAUCUCGACCCCAGCGUCGCCGUCGCCAUCGCCGUUGCCGUCCCCGCUCCAAACUUCCUUGCCCCGUGCCUGGUUGCGAUGGUGACGCCUGUGAGCGUCAUAUGAUGAUCCACACGCUCCAGUGUAAGGUUUCGGGCUGCCCUCUGGGCAACCCUUUCUUCGCCAACGUUAAGGAGUUAGGAAAGCACCUUGUUGACGACCAUAACAACGGUGACCACAAGUACUGCCACUGGGCCGGUUGUGAUCCUAACGUCGAGAGAGCCCCAAACAACAACAUGGUUCACAUCCGUCUACACAACUACCGCAUUUGA